AUGCUGCCUGGCCUGCUGCGUUCACCAGCAUUUUGUGAGUGUUGCAUAAAUCUUAGCUCCAAGGUUGCAGGAGAUGAAUGGGAAGUAAAGAUCUGUUUGUUACCAAAAAACAUUUGAUGGCAGUAAGGGCAAAAAUAACUCAGUAACAGUUUUCAUUCAGAAUCAGGUUUAAUAUCACUGGCAUACAUCAUGUAAUUUGUUGUUUUGCCGCAGCAGAACUUUGCAAUACAUAACAUAGAAACUGUAAAUUAUGGUAAGUAUACAUUAAAAAUAGUUCAAAAAGAGAAAAAAAAAGUAGUGAAGUGGUGGUUAUGGGUUCAAUAUUCAUUCAGAAAUCGGAUGGCAGAGGGGAAGAAGCUGUUCCUGAAUCGUUGAGUGUUUGUUUCAAGGCUGCUGUACCUCCUCUCUGAUGGUAUCAAUGAGAAGAGGUCAUAAACAUGAGAAAGUCUGCAGAUCCUGGAAAUCGAGAGCAGCACACACAAAAUGCUGGAGGAACUUAGGUCAGGCAGCAUCUAUGGAGAGGAAUAAACAGUUACUGUUUUGGGCUGAGACCCUUCUUGAAGACUGUAAAGGAUGGGGGAAGAUGCCAGCAUGGAGGGGUCAGUGAGAGAGGGUUUUACUGAAUUGUUGAAGAGAAGGUUUAAACAGUUGCAGAAGAGGUUAUGCCUGGGUUCACUUGGUUUUGUUGAGGUCCAGCAUUUCACUCUGGGAACAGCUUAUGCUUAUGAAGAACCUGAGAUAAUUUCAUUCCAAAUAGACAAACAUCUGAAUUAAAACUUGGCAGUGGGUGAGGUUAUUGAGACUAUAAGAACACAAUUUGAAGUAGCUGUAGGCCAUACACUCCCGUAAGUCUGCACCACAUUUCAUGUUUGAUCCUCUGUUUCAUCUUCUUUACAAUACAGAAAAAUACAGAUGCUGGGCUCCAGCUCACUGACAUUCCAAAUCAGUUCUCCCUCCAAUUCUAUUAGUGGCUGGAAAUGCCUUAGUGCAAGUGUGGAACAUAUUUAAUGACUGAGCAUCCAUAAUCCUUUGAGACAGAAUUCUAAUAACUUAUACCCAUUUGUGCUUAGAGAUUUCUCCUUGUUCCACACUAAAUGAAUAAAAUGGCUUCUGUGACUACUCUUCUACACCUAGACUCUCCAACGGAUACCUUGGGUAUCUUCCCUGCAAGUCUCCCUCAGUUUCAAUGACAUUAAUCUCUAAAGUCUCCUCCCUGAAAUCAAGAGUUAACGUAUGUUUAACUGAAUUGAAGGCAAGUGGUGAUGGUUGUCCGAUGAUGACAGGAACCCUGUGCGGAAGAUUUUAUAAAGUGGAAAAGCCAUUACACUGGGGCAGUUCCACUGUCUCGACCUCAGGAGUCCUACUGAGUUCCUCCAGCAUUUACCAUUUCCGUUCCAAGUUCCUCCUCUACUUAGUUACUUUAUCAUGUGAACCAGUACAUUAUGAUCCUUCUGUAAAUCAAUAUUUCCUAGAUUCUCCUGUAAACAAAAGUAAUCUUCUAUGUUUAUUAGCAAAGGAAAUAACAUUACAUUUUUCUGUGUAAUGCAUCUACCACCAGCUGCCCAUGUGGUUAAUCUUUGCAGACAACUUUCAUCCAUGGCUUGCUCACCCAUCCAGAUUUCAGUAGCAUUUGGUUAAAAGAAAACAGUUCAAAGUAAAUUUAUUUUCAAAGUACAUAUAUGUCACCGUAUACUGUGCAAUCCUGAGGUUUGUUUUCUUGCAGGUAUACUCAAUAAAUCCAAUAACCAUAAUAGAUUUGCUGUCAAGUUAGGUACAGCAGAUGGAAGCAGAAAGUUUCAGGGAGAUAUUGACAGACCGAUUUCCUCCCACAGUCUGAAGACUGGGUUAAUUGCUCAUUCUAAAUCAUCCUGUGAUUAGGUUAGGGUUCAACUGGGGUUGUUAGUGGUUGCUGGGCAGUGUGUAGCUGUAGCUAAAUAAAUAAAUCAAACUAAAAGUUUGGAUUUUAAAAAGAUAACUUAUCUAAUUAUAAGAAGCUAGGAAAUGUGGAAGAAUGGUGGAAUGAGUAGGUACAAAAAGUAAUUAGAAAUGACUUUGGUGUGAUUAUUUUAUGUAUUUAAUUUAGAGAUACAACGCAUAACUUGCUGCCAAUGAGCUGCGUGUCCCAGCAACCCACCUAUUUAAUCCUAGCCUAAUUACAGGGCAAUUUACAAUGACCAAUUGACCUACUAACUGGUAUGUUAUUGGACUGCGAGAGGAGUCUGGAGCACCCGGAGAAAACCCAGGCACACAUGACAAGGGAGAUGAGCCUCUUACAGAUGCUUUGCAUUUGACCUCUGAACUCUGACGCCUUGAGCUGUAAUAGCAUUGUGCUAACUGCUACUGUGACUUAAAGUAAUUUAUUUAUAACAGUACAGCCACUAUCAUGCCUCCCAACAUAGAACGGUUCUUUCUACUUUGAUUAACUCUGCGAAAACUGUUGUGGACCUAGAGAGUCUCCCCAAGGAAAUAAGACAAUUCCUACAGAAUGGCUACAAGGUGAAGGAAAUCAGUUGGGCCCUGAAAGGGGCUGAAAGAAAAACCAGGAAACUUAACAAUGAGGAGGAAUGCAUCGAUAUCUUCGCUAUAUUUCCCUGGUUUCUGGAAGGAUCACUAAGAUUGUGAAGAAAUACCUGAUUAAUACCAUCCACAAACCUGUAAGGAAGCUCAAGUAACAGCUUAUGCGGGUCAAAGGUGACCUCGGACUCAGUUCGGGUGGCGUUUCCAGGAUUCCCUGUGAAUGUGGAGCAGCGUAUAUCGGCCAGAUGGGACGCAUGGUGGAAACCUGCAUCAAGGAGCACAGGAGGUGUAUCCUUUUGAGUUAUCUGGAGAAAUUGGCAGCAUUUGCAAUGGCCAGAGAAUUGAUUUUAAUGGCACAAAACCACUGUGCCACACCAAUGGCUUUUGGGACCACCUGGUAAGGAAGCCAUUGAAAUACAACUGAGGAAAAGAAUUUUAACAAAGACAAUGGUUUCGCUCUAAGUAAGAUCUGGAAUUCUACUGUAAACAAGGUGGGAGAGCGGAAGCCUGAUUGGAUGAGGGUUAAACAAUCAGGAGGGACAGAAUACAGGGGUAUAGAUACCUCCGGAAUAGACAUUCCCAGGCAUCAUCUCUGAAGAAGAUGGCAGAGUUGGUCAUUGAAAUGUCAGGUAUCAAUUAUAACUGACAUUUGAAGCCCGAGAAGAGUUUGUUCGUCAUAUACGCCGGGAAAGUACUAGAUUCUUUAAAAAAUUAUUUAUUAGUGGAGAAAAUAAAUGAAACAGGAUGUUCGUGUUAUCCCAAUGGAUUGGAUGAUAUCUGAGUUCAGUUGUGGGCAAAGUUACAUUGAACUGGAGGAUGCAAAACUAUGUUGUGGUUCAGUUUAAAUAUAAGAAUAGGCUGCAUGAAUUGUUUGUCUUGCAUACUUUUUUUACCUGAAAUAUUGAAUUCUAAUGGAUUGUCAAUUUGCUGAAGUUGGAGAGGACCCAUGUUCAUAGAUCCCUCAAAUUUGCCGCAUUAAGUUGAUAUGGUGAUUAAGAGGGUGUGUGGUGUGUUGGCUUUCAGUAGUCAGGGUACUGAGUUCAAGAGCCGUGAGGUAAUAUUACGGCCUAUAAAACCCUGGUUAGACCACACUUAGAAUAUUGUGUUCUGUUCUGGUUGCCUCACUGUAGGAAGGAUGUGGAAGUUUUAAAGAGGAUACCAAGGAGAUUUACCAGGAUACUGUCCGGAUUAGAGAGCAUGUCUUAAGCGGAAAGAUGCAGUGAGCUGGGGCUUUUCUCUCUGGAGCAAAGGACAAUGACAGGUGACUUGAUAGAGGUGUAGAAGAUGAUAAGAGACAGAUGGAGUUGACAACCAGAGAUUUUUUUCCUGGGAGGAAAUGGGUAAUACAGGAGGACACAAUUUUAAGGUGAUAGGAGGAAAGUAGAGGGAGAUGUCAGAGCUAGGUUCUUUGCACAGAGAGUGGCCAGAGGUGAUGGUAGAGGCAGAUACAUUAGAGGUAUUUAAAGAAGUCCUAGAUAGGCACAUUGAUGAACGAAAAAUGGAGGCCGAUGUAGGACGGAAGGGUUAGAUUGAUCUUGAAUUAGGAUAAAAGGACAGCACAACAUCGUGGGCUGAAGGGUCUGUACUGUGCUGUAAUGUUAUAUGUACUAGAUAUUGAUAAGGUGUGGACUCCCGAGCAAUAGGUGGAUUGUAGAAGAAUGAUAGAAAAUAUUUCUUUUUUUCAAAUCUUUUUAUUAUUAUUAUCCAAAAUUAACAAGAGUACAUCAAAAUAAGCAACACUUACAAUGUCUCAAGAAAAAAACCAUUAUUUUAAAGAUUGAAAAAAUUUUGGUGAUUUAAAAAAAAGAGAAAAAAAACCCUACUAAGCAAGAAAAAGUGAGGAAAAACCCCCCAUUGGGUGUUCAACCCCGAGCCAUGUGUCAUACAAAAAGCUUAUAAAGAUAAACAUCAAGCCGCCAGCAAGAAAAAAAAGUACCAAAAAUUUACAAUUAGAUAAUGGAGGAAAUCUAUCAAUUAACUCAAAUGAUAAUAACGAGCAAAUGAACCCCAUCUUUUCUCAAAAUCAAACAUAGGUUCAAAGGUUCGACUUCUAAUUUUCUCUAAGCUAAGACAUAGCAUCACUUGAGAGAACCGUUGUGACAAAGUGGGAGCCGAUGUAUCCUUCCACUUCAACAAAAUGGUCCUCCUAGCUAUCAAUGUAACAAAUGCAAUAACAUGUUGGUCAGACACAGAGAUACCACGGAUAUUUUGAGGAAUUAUUCCAAAAAGCACAGUUAAUUUGUUAAGUUAUAAAUUAAUUUUAAGUGCUUUAGAAAUUGUCAAAAAAACUGACUUCCAGAACUGUUCCAGUAUGGAACAAGACCUAAACAUCUGUGUCAGUGUAGCUGUCUCAGUUUUACAUCUAUCACAAUAACUAUCAACAUUAGGGAAUAUUUUAGACAAUCUCUCCUUCGUCAAAUAGUAACAAUGUACAAUUUUAAAUUGAAUCAGUGAAUGACUAGCACAGAUCGAAGAAGAGUUAACCAGCUUCAGAAUCGGCGUCCAAUCCUCCGUCAUAAAAGUCAAAUUAAGUUCCUUUUCCAAAUCUUGUUUAAUCUUAGAUCAAGGACACUUAUCCCAUUGUAAUAGUAAAUUAUAAAUUCUUCCAAUGGAACCCUUCAUUGAAGAGUUCAUACUCAUAAUAGUACCUAACAGGUCAGCAUCCAAUAUGUAAGGAAAAUUACUUAAAUAUUUCUUAACGUUGGGCAGACUUACAGGGUCUGUUUUUAUCAAGUUUGUGCUAGAUCCAUCCAGGUGCUGAAAUGUAUUUCACAAUUUGACAUAAUGUUCUGUGGACAUGUUGAGAAUUCAUGCACAAUAAUAUGGAUGAGAAGGAUUAUAACUUCUGAGAGAAAGAUUAUGUAUUGUGUUAUUGAUGAGGUAACUGUUAGCCUGAUGAUCUUGUGAACUCUGGAUGGAAAACUUGAGAAACUGCAAUGUUAAACAAGGACAACAACUACUUAAUGUGGUCUCAGCCCAAAAUGUCACCUGUGCAAUUCCCUCCAUAGUUGCUGCCUUACCUGCUGUGUUCCUCCAACGUUGUGUGUAUGUUGCUCUGGAUUUCUAGCAUCUGCAGAAUCUCUUGUAGUUAAUAGUUGCCUUUUUUCAUGUUUGAAACAGCUGAGUGGAAUAUAACCUGUGCUUAGAGUUCCAUUGUUACUUGUUGGAAAGAAUCACAUAAUUUUUUGAAGCUAACAAGAUGCACUUGUGAAAUGUUCAGCAACAUACAACAUGGAUGCAAUGCCACAAUGCUGUUUUUAACUAUAUAAUGGUGAAACUGGUUGCUAUAGAGCUUCCUGAAUUGUUAAUUUAUGAUUAUAAUAGUACAAGAAAGAUGCAUUUCAAAAACUAUUUAUUUAUAGAGCAGGUACUCUGUAGAUUUAUAGUCUUAUGUUUGCACAUCAGUCAUACUGUAUAUACACAUAGGGAUAUUAUUGGCAAAUGUUGGUGCUCUGCUCGUCUGUCAAAAAAUAUACAAUGUUCUGAAUGAGGUCUGUUUCACAUUUUUAUUGGUGGAUUGACAAAUUCCCUGCCAUGGAUGGAGAUCACUUGCAAGUUCAGGUGGUCUGCAUAACUAAUAUAAACUUUCAGAGGAAGUCUGUUAUAGGAUAUGUGGAGUUGACCAUUUUCCCAUUACUUGCCAACCUCAGUAGAAUUAAACUGAAUAGCAAGCAAUGUCGGAUUUACAGAGUACGAAUAAAUGACUUGGAAGCUGCUUUCAUUUACAAUGACCCCACCCUGGAGGUCUGCCACCAUGAAUCAAAGCAGCGAAAUCUGAAUUAUUUUUCCAAUGCCUAUGCAGCAGCAGUCAGCGCUGUUGAUCCUGACACUGGAAAUGGAGAACUUUGUAUCAAGGUUCCAUCUGAACUGUGGAAACAUGUUGACGAGAUGAAAGUUUUGAAGGUGUAUAUAGAAUUUUCCUUGGACCAGCCAAAAGGAGGGCUUCAUUUUGUUGUGCCCAAUGUUGAAGGCAGCAUGGCUGAGCGAGGUGCACAUGUCUUUUCCUUUGGCUAUGAAAACUGUACAAGGUUUUGGUUUCCUUGUGUGGAUUCUUUCUCCGAACUAUGCACAUGGAAAUUGGAGUUCACGGUUGAUGCGGCCAUGGUAGCUGUUUCCAAUGGAGAUUUGGUGGAGUCUGUUUAUACCCAUGAUAUGAGGAAAAAAACUUUUCAUUACAUGUUAACCAUCCCAACAGCAGCUCCAAACAUUUCAUUGGCUGUUGGCCCCUUUGAAAUACUGGUUGAUCCUUACAUGCACGAAGUAACACAUUUCUGCCUGCCCCAAUUGUUGCCACUUCUGAAACAUACCACGUCCUUUCUUCAUGAGAUUUUUGAGUUCUAUGAAGAGAUCCUGACCUGCAGAUACCCCUAUGCCUAUUAUAAGACUGUAUUUGUUGAUGAAGCCUAUGUCGAAGUAGCUUCAUAUGCUUCUAUGAGUAUCUUAAGCACAAACCUCCUGAACAGUGCCAUGAUUAUCGAUCAGACGCCUCUUACCAGACGAUGUUUAGCUCAAGCUCUGGCUCAGCAGUUCUUUGGCUGUUUUAUUUCCAGAAUGUCUUGGUCUGAUGAAUGGGUGUUGAAAGGAAUAUCUGGAUACAUUUAUGGCCUCUGGAUGAAAAAAACAUUUGGUGUUAAUGAGUACAGACACUGGAUUAAAGAGGAACUGGACAAAAUUGUGGACUACGAAUUGAAAACUGGUGGUGUUUUGUUGCAUCCAACAUUUACUGGGGUGAAAGAGAAAGAAACGCCAGCACCGCACCUGCAUUUUUCAAUUCGGCAUCCACAUACUUUGUCCUGGAAUUACUACAAGAUGUUCCAGUGCAAAGCUCACCUUGUGAUGCGGCUCAUUGAAAACAGGAUUAGCAUGGAAUUCAUGCUUCAGGUCUUCAACAAGCUGUUGAGUUUGGCCAGCACUGCUUCUUCACAGAAGUUCCAAUCACAUAUGUGGAGCCAGAUGCUGCUUUCAACGACUGGAUUUUUAAAAUCAAUUUCAAAUGUGUCUGGAAAAGAUAUCCAACCUCUAAUAAAGCAAUGGGUUGACCAGAGUGGUGUAGUGAAGUUUUUCGGCAGCUUUGCAUUCAAUCGGAAACGGAACAUCUUGGAACUGGAACUGAAGCAGGAUUACACCUCUUUGGGAACUCAGAAAUAUGUGGGACCGCUUAAAGUUACCGUACAAGAGCUUGAUGGAUCGUUUAACCACACUCUACAAAUUGAGGAAAACAGCUUAAAGCAUGAUAUUCCUUGCCAUUCCAAGAGCAGACGGAAUAAGAAAAAGAAGAUUCCAUUGUUGAAUGGCGAGGAAGUGGACAUGGAUCUUUCUGCAAUGGAUGCCGAUUCCCCGCUGUUGUGGAUAAGGAUAGACCCUGACAUGUCUGUUUUGAGAAAAGUGGAAUUUGAACAGGCUGAUUUCAUGUGGCAGUACCAGCUUCGCUAUGAGAGAGACGUUGUUGCACAGGAAGAAUCAAUUCUCGCUUUAGAGAAGUUUCCCACUCCAGCUUCUCGACUGGCAUUGACAGAUAUCCUAGAACAUGAACAAUGCUUUUACAAAGUCCGAAUGCAUGCCUGCUUCCGGCUUGCAAAGAUUGCAAACGCCAUGGUGAAUACUUGGACUGGUCCUCCAGCCAUGAAGUCUCUCUUCACUCGAAUGUUUUGCUGUAAAAGCUGUUCAAAUAUUGUUAAGACCAACAAUUUCAUGAACUUCCAGAGCUACUUUUUACAGAAGACAAUGCCAGUUGCUAUGGCACUGCUAAGAGAUAUCCAUAACCAAUGUCCUAAGGAAGUGCUGGCCUUUAUUUUGGACUUAAUAAAAUAUAAUGACAACAGGAAGAACAAGUUUUCGGACAACUACUACCGUGCUGAACUAAUUGAUGCACUUUCCAAUUCAGUAACACCUGCAAUUAGCAUUAAUAACGAGGUUCGGACGUUAGAUAAUCUCAAUCCUGAUGUAAGAUUGAUUUUGGAGGAGAUAACCAGAUUUCUAAACAUGGAGAAGUUGCUACCAAGUUACAGAAAUACAAUAACUGUCAGCUGCCUGAAAGCUAUUCGUGUGCUUCAGAAGAACGGCCACAUUCCCAGCGAUCCAUCACUCUUUAAGUCGUAUGCAGAAUACGGACACUUUGUCGAUGUUCGCAUGGCAGCUCUGGAAGCGGUUGUAGAUUAUACACAAGUGGACAGAAGCACUGAUGAGUUACAGUGGCUAUUAGAUCUGGUCCAGAAUGAUGCAGUGCCCUACAUAAGACAUAAAGUUUUGAGUAUGCUCAAUAAAAAUCCGCCUUUCACCAAGAACACAGACUCCUCCUUGUGCUCUGAGGCAUUGGUGGACCAACUCUGGAAACUAAUGAACUCAGGAACCUCCCACGACUGGAGACUUCGCUGUGAUGCUGUGGACAUGUACUAUACCUUGUUUGGCCUCAGCCGACCUUCAUGCCUUCCUCUACCGGAACUGGGCCUUGUUCUGAACUUGAAGGAAAAGAAGACUGUGCUGAAUCCUAUUAUUAUUCCAGAGACAGGAGCAAGUGGCCAAGAAACUCUGGGCGGUGCAAGCAUGCAUGGAUUAAUACCUGGCUUCCAGAUUAAUGAGGAAGAGCAUCUUGCUAAGGACCCUGCAUCCACUAUACCUGGAGCGCAGAGUGUGAAGAGAAAAGCUGACACUCCACUUGGCUCUCCACUGGAACCUGGCCAAGUUCUGGAAAAAGAUGAAGACAACAGCAAAGUUAAACUAAAAAUCAAAUUUUCGAAUUCUCAAGAGGAUGAGGAGAUUGACAUGGACUCCGUUCACGAUAGUCAGGCCUUUAUAUAUCAUCAACUGAACAUACUGGAACGACCAUCUACACCAGGGAAAGAAACACCAGCUAUAGAAACAGGCAUGAUUUCCAUGCCAACUACCCCAGUUCCUUCACUUGGCAAAGAGUCAAGUUCGUCGAGGCAUGGGGAACACCACCAUCAUCACCAUCACGAGCACAAGAAAAAGAAGAAGAAGCAUAAACACAAACAUAAGCAUAAACACAAACAUGAUGGGAAAGAUAAAGAAAAAGACCUGUUUACUUUUUCAAACAGCCCAGCUAGUGGACGGUCUCUUAAUUCUCCUUCGAUUUCAGACUGAACGAAAUGGUGAAUUGGCCAAGCAGCCGGACAACCAAGCAAGAAAAAAAGGACCAAAUGCGAGGCCACAGUGAUAACCUCUGUGCCCACCUUUCCUAGAAACUAACGGUAUUAUGUAAUGUACAUGUACAAAAUGAAUAUGUACCUCAACACACAGGUUUAGUUGACCUAAACUGCAGUUUGCUGGUUUCUCCAAACUUACCAUCCUUGCUUUCACAAAGUGCUCAAAAUCAACAACUUUUCCACCCCAGCCCCAUUCUUGCAUUUCCACGUAGCCAUACACUGUUCUUUGAAAGUAUAACUUUCCAGUGGUUUUACUGGCUUGUAGAACCUGCUGUGCAUGGCACUUCCUGUUUUUGAGUCCUGCACAAGUUUGUUGGUGAGAUGAUGUUCAUUGUAAACAUGAUACAAUGAAUUUAAUUGGUACUAACCAUGCAAUGCAAGAAAACCUCAACUCAGAAAUUCUUGAGCAAGUGUACUGUGGAAACUUGCACAAGGCAAGUGGUGAAAUGCCAUGGAUCAUCCUCGAUAUGCAGGUAGGUUGGAGCAGUGGACAGGAAACAGUGGUGGGUAACGCUGAAAUAAGGAGAGGAGAAAAUGUGGCAUAGAAUUUUACAGAUUCUUGUUUUAUUACAUUUUUCUAAUUCCCAGAAAAAGCCGUGAGGCCCAGUUAGCGGUAGUCUACCCCCAGUAAUGAAGUGACCCUCCCCUCCUUUUCACUUAUUUUAAAGAUUGUUCCUAAGUGGCUGUCAAUCUGUAAUUGGCAUUUGUGAUAUAUUGCUAACGAUGAUGGUGCUGAUUCUUUUUAGUUGCUUCUGAGGACUUGUGGAACAUGGUCUUUUAAAGUAUAAGAAUCAUUUGUAGUAAAUACCAGGUUUUAUAACAAUGCCCUAGGGUCCAUAUAAGUUUGUACAAUAAAGUGUUUUGUCUUCCAUGAUUGUGUCUGUUGUGAGUGCAAGUAACUUUUCUUUUCCUCAUUGGCUAAAUGUCCUUUCCUCCUCAUUGUUUCGUUACCUUUUUGAUUACUUCAUUAUAAUUAAGUGUUACUUGUAAUACUUGUUCACGAAUAAUAUUGUACAAGACUUUAAUUCAAACUUCAUACUUUCCAAUCUUGUUCAAUAAGUAACUUCCUCAUCAUACAUGGGAGGGAAAAAAAAACAGUUCACCCACAAAUACACCCACAAAUCUCGAUUUUUCAGUAGUCCCCUUCCAGCCACUUGAGGUUUUCAAAUAACAUUUUUUACCUUCAUUGAAAUAGGAAUAAUGAAAUUCCAAAUCUGAAGUUGAACAUUAAAACUGAAGAAACAGCAAUUCAUCAACUGGACAUAUUCCCAUACAUAACUUAACAUUACCAUUAGAUCAUUGUGAAUGUGGCACACUGUAUGUGCCCUAAAUCUGAACAGGGAUUAGAGUGUACUGAGUUGCGAUAUCAGUGAUUUAAGUUUGUGCUGAGCAUUAUAACUUAGGGCUGUUAGAAUGUCAACGAUUUACCGUUGGACUCAAAAGUAAACAUUUUUUAUUUCCUUCACUCCAGGUAUUACUAUAUUGUAAUAAAGCUAAACAUUCACAUUACAGAGUUUUGUGCAGCUCUCUGUUAAUUUAGAUCUGGAUUGUAGUCGGAUACCAGUGUAUCCGAAACACUAAGUGGAAUUGUUGCUUUUUAUUUAUCAUCUCAGCAUCACAGAUAUCUGCUAAGUAGGCUCAAUGAAUCAGGAAUUAAAAGCUUCUGCUCCUUUCUGCUUAACAAUAUAACUUUGAGUAUUGCCUUAUAUAAUGAAAAUCCAAAACUAUUCUUCUCUUUCUCCUCCUCCUCCUCCUUUUUCUUCCCAUCCCAUCACCCCCACUGGGGUAUAAGCUGUCGACCAACAGCUCACCAGAGUCCUCUGUCCUGGGCCAACCUUUCAAGUUGUCCCCAGGUGUAGCCCAUCUUCAAAGAUCCUUCCUCUUCCAGGAACGAGAUCUUUGGAGCUUCUGUUGGUGUUUCUGUAGCUCUGGGUUUUUAUAGGGUGGGGUUGCUAGCUCCUUUGCCCAACCUUCCUCCUUUCACAGCCGGGCUGGGGACCGUCCAUGGCAGAGUUAGAACCAUGAAUAAGUUUGCAUACUUAAGAGUUAAGAAAAUGAUUUUAUUUUGAGCAUUUAGCUGUCUUUAUGAUGAUAGAACUCAUGGAGGUAAUGGUGAUAAGUAAAGAGAAUCCGUUUCAUGUGUUUAUAGGAACGGGAACUAGAAGAUGUGAAUUUGUGACAUUUAGUUUGGAAGUACAUUAUGACUAUUUGAGUUUAUAAUUCAAGUACAAUGCACCUACUGUAUAAAAUACAAUGUAAUAUUGUUUAUAAAUUUAUAUGAUCACUGAUAUUUGAUGGAACUUGAUGCUCCUUGUGUUGAUAAUGUCAAAUAUAACACAGCAAACUGACAGGUUUUCAAUAUGAAACAUCAGUUCUUUUCCUCCCACAGAUGCAGCUCUACUGCUCGGCCCAUUGAUUUCCUCAGCUGGUUAUUGAUCGCUAUGUGUUUAAUAGGUCAAUUAUUCUAUAAUAGUCUCCAUGUCAAAGGUACAACUUAAUGUCAGAGAAAUGUAUACAAUAUACAUCCUGAAAUGCUUUUCCUUCAUAAGCAUCCACAGAAACAGAGAAGUGCCCCAAAGAAUGAACGACAGUUAAAUGUGAGAACCCCAAAGAUCCCCUUCCCAGUUCUCCCCUCCCGCGUGUAAGCGGCAGCGAGCAACAAUCCCACCUUCCCCUCACUGGCAAAAAAAGCGCAUUGGUACCGUCACCGAGCCAAAGCGUGAGCUAAGCAAUAGCAAAGGCACAGACCAAAGUCUUCGCAUUUCAUCCGACACUCAACAAACCACAGGUUCUCUCCCUGGCAAGGGAGAGGGAGGUGUCCCCCAUUUUCACAGCGAGCGGGAGACAAAACAAAAUCCAGCUGGUUUACGAUGUUAAAAGCCGGUAUCAUCACUUUUUUCGAGCUCUGUGUCCGAAGAUCGCAAAGACCUCAGGUCUUUGGGCCCGCAGCGAAAGAUUUUCCGGCCCCCCCAACCCUGAUUCUCCCACUUCCAGAGCCCUGAGAUCUUAGGAUUCCGAACACGAUCAAGACCCUCAGGCCAAACCCUUGGCAUGUUGAAUAACAGCCAGUCGUGGAACCCCAAGAAUGGGUCCCAUUCCCACAAAGAACCGAAGCCUGUGUGUAACUCCAGGUCAGGGUCUUCAAAAGAACCCUGAAAGGAAAAAAUAAAGAUAUUAAAGGUGGAAAUAGAGCUUUUCCAAAGAUGCAAGCAAAGGAGUGGCCCAAAAAUUCAGUUUGUACUCCUUUUUCUCUUUGACAUAAAAGAUCUUGUAGACUUUUAUCAUCUAUUUGAGAUCGUGAAUGAAUAGAAUUUAUUGGAGGAGUCUAGUACAAGAGGGCAUGACUUAAGGAUUGAAGGGUGCCCUUUCAGAACAGAAAUGCAAAGAAAUUUUUUUAGUCAGAGGGUGGUGAGUCUAUGGAAUUUGUUGCCACGGGCAGCAGUGGAAGCCAAGUCAUUGGGUGUAUUUAAGGCCGAGAUUGAUAGGUAUCUGAGUAGCCAGGGCAUCAAAGGUUAUGGUGAGAAGGUGGGGGAGUGGGACUAAAUGGGAGAAUGGAUCAGCUCAUGAUAAAAUGGCGGAGCAGACUUGAUGGGCCGAAUGGCUGACCUGCUCCUUGGUCUUAUGGU